AUGCAGUACAAGACACUUUCUCUGCUCCUCCUCUCGGCCACCGCCAUGGCUGCUCCCCAGGAUGGCAACAACUACUCCGACCUCAUCGGUGACCUGGGCUCUCUUGCCUCCCAAACCGGCAUCCUCUCAUCCAUCCCCACCAACCUCGACAUCCCUGGCGUCCCCAGCUCUGUGGUCGAGGUCCUCGCUACCGCUGUCCCCAGCACUUGGCUCCAGAACAUCCUGACCAACUCCGCUGCCCAGACCUCUGUCCUCAACGACCUCGAGAGCAGCAAGUACCCCGACUGGUGGUCGAGCGUCCCCACCGGUGUCCAGAGCUACCUGUGGGACGUCCAGAGCAGCCUCGACGCCUCUGUCACUCCCACCUCCGGCUCGAGCGGCACCACCACCGGUGGUAGCGCUACUGCCACCUCUACCUCGGACUCUGAUGGCGACAACUCCGACGACUCUUCGUCGUCCUCGUCCUCGUCGAGCUCUGGUGCCGCUGCCAGCGACACCUCGGAGGGUGCUGCUCCCGCUCAGACCGCUAUGGCUGCCACCGUCGCUGGUGCCGCUGGUAUCCUUGGUCUCGCUCUUGCUCUGUAA